UUCCAAAAUCGCGGUAAUAGAAAUAGUAAUUUGAAAUUCAAAACUCUUGGACGUAAACAGCUAUAAUAGUGAGUGCGGCGCGGCGCACUUCUCUUUCACUCUUUGUUUUUUCCUCUUCUGCGACAGUGUGCUGUCUCUCAUUUUCUUCUGUUUCGUUUCUAGGGCAAAAGUCAAAAACCUCAAGCCACCUCUUUUUUUUUUUCCCCAGUUUUUCUUUUGCAAAACUCAAAUAAGAAGACCCUUUGUCUGUCAUUUCUGUUUGGUUUCCUAGAAAAUGGCGGAAUCAGAGUUAAGCUAUGAAGAAAUGCGUAAAAGGAGAUUGGAAGAGAACAAGAAGAGGAUGGAAGAACUGAAUCUCAAAGGCCUCUCGCAGGCUUUGAAGAGCAAGAGCGUCAAGUCAUCUCCGGCAAAGCCCCGAACACCUCGGAAACAGGUGGAGUUGACGGCAGUGAGACGGUCUAGUCGUGUUGCUGACAAACCCAAACCGGACUACAAAGACGUUCCUCUUGAACCUUUUGAGAGACUCAGAAGGGGGUACAACCGAGGCCACAGCCACAGAGAUCUAUUUAAUCGAGUUUAUGCUUCGGCUGAAGAAAGAGCUUAUGCAAUUGAAAGAGCAGAACACCUUGAAUCUACAUUAGAUUCUGAGUACCCAAGUUUUGUGAAGCCCAUGCUUCAAUCACAUGUAACUGGAGGGUUUUGGCUAGGCUUACCGAACCAGUUUUGCAAGAAAAACUUGCCUCAUCAUGACGUGAUGGUAACUUUGGUGGAUGAGGAAGGAGAGGAGUUUGUAACCAAAUACCUUGCAGACAAAACAGGUCUUAGUGGUGGUUGGAGAGGAUUUUCAAUUGACCAUAAUCUUGUUGAUGGGGAUGCUUUAGUAUUCCAGGUAGUAGCUCCUACAGAGUUUAAGGUGUAUAUUAUCAGGGCAUACGAGUCAGACGACAAUGGAGGUGGAGAGGAUGAAAAAGGAGGAGAAGAUGGAAGGGAAGAAGAAAAAAGAGAAGAUGAAAAAGAAGAAAAAAGAAAGGAUGGUGACAAAGAGGCAGAUGUUGAGCCAGAUGUCCAAAACAGAAGAUCUAAACGAAUCCGUGCAAGGAAGUAGUAGAUCUUCUCCAGCCAAGCCAUGAGACAGUACUGAUAUCUUUUGUUUUCAGUUAAAAAAGAAUAUGCAGACAUUUAGCUGAUGAUUUUGUAUGGUAUUUGCUACCUAAGGGUGAUAAAAAAAUAUAAGAUUAUCAUCUUACCAUUAGCAAUGCAAUUAACAGUAAUUGUCUAAA